AUGGCCUUUGCAGGGAAAUGGAUCUUCGUGAAAAAUGAGAAGAUGAGGGAGUUUGCUGUUGCUGCCGGAGCUCCAGCAGAGAAAGUGGACCAAAUGAUUGAUGUGCCGAUAACAGUGGAAUGCACCAGAGAUGGCGACUACUAUCUGAUGUCUUUCACUGGACCCAAGAAAACUGUCGUACAGAAGUUCAGACCAGGCGAACCAUUCACUGAAGAAAUUGGGCCUUUCGGCAUGACGAGAGUGGCUAUUGCUAAAGUGGAAGGUAACACGAUGGCCAUCAUGGGAAUCAACGAAGGCGAAGCAGUGGAAAAGAGAGAAGUAACCGGCGACGAACUGAUUUUUACAUUCAUCAAACCUGGUGUUCCAUGUAUUGCUAAGCGCUACCUGCGAAGAGCUUGA